AGCGCCGUGAAGGGGGGGGUAGGGCGAGCCAUUUUAAAUCUACUAGUCGCUAUUAGAACAUCAGGUACUCUCCACUUUGGCUCGAAACAAUUCACUAGAACGACAAAUUUAGUUUUGUUUUAAACUCUUCCUCAAGAAAACUAAAUCAAGAUGGCGGACGACGAUGCUUCAGACUGGUUCUCAUCUGCCGAUGAGCCAGAGGCACCCGCUGAAGAGGCACCAGCUGCAGCUGCGGCUGCCCCCGCAGCAGCUGCGGAAGCCGCCCCCGCGGAAGGGGGCGAUGCGGGGGGAGAGGCCCCCGCAGAAGCCGGCGAAGAGAAGAGGGAGGAGGCCGAAGACGAGUAUCUGGACCCCAACAAACUCAUUUUGUUCAAGCAUUGGAAACGGCCGAGGUUUCUUCAGUACAAGUACCUCUACGACUACAGACGCAACUACUACGACGACGUGAUCGACUAUUUGGACAAGAGGGCGCAGGGAAUGAAGAGGGAAAUCCCGCGUGCGCAAACGUGGGCGGAAAGAACCAUGCGCACCUUCAGGAACAAAACGCAUGAACUGGAGGUGGAGAAGAAGCUCAAGGACGACGUGAACCUGCUGGAACGGUCGACGACGAGCGGCAACACGUUCAGGCUUUACAUGAAGGAUUCGAUAAACAGGAGAUACUCGAAGCUGCUUUACUAGCUAUUCGCUACGCGGUGACAAAAAUACCAUGUUUGUGAACUUAUUUUGCAACUGUCAUGUAAUUUUUUGAUUAAACGCGAUGUGCGUCAUAAUGACGCACCAUGUACAGCAAGUGCGUCAUCAUGACGCACACAUAAAAUGUUAGUUUUAACAUUUGUAGAGUACGUGCGUCAUUAUGACGCACCACGGGCAGCAAGUGCGUCAUUAUGACGCACACCUAAAAUGUUCGUUUUAGAUAAAAAAAAUAUUAUGCAUGAUAAGUUCGGUUUACACACAAACAUUGUUUUUUUAGGAAAAAUCUCUCCGUGUAGAUUUAGUCGAAUGUGGGUAUGGGGUGUGCAAAAAAUGACAGAUAAUAUCUUUACUUUUCUAUAAAACUUGUUUUAAAUGUUUUAUAUUAAAUAAAUGAAUAAAAAACAUACAUUUUGUAUUAAAUAUGAAAAACAAUAUUUUAAAAUUUGCUUAAAAUGUUUUCUUUCAGUGAAUUUUAAAGAAAUAAAAAUUAUUUUGUAAUAUUCUUAAUACUUACCUAAUUAAUCAUUUUUUAUUCACCCUGUAUGUAAGAUAGCGUAAAAAGACCUUUUAUCAUU